CAGUUCAACACUCGAUCUGUUCACACAUAAGUGCAUUCACUUAGCCAAGAACGCUCAGUUUUCCUUCAAAACUCAAACGCUCUCGAAGCAAAAAUAACGUUAAAGUGCCUCGUGUAAAGUGCCACAAGCAAAACCAAAAUCAGUGAAGAUGCAUUCCCACGGAUACAACGUUGCCCACAGCAACAACAGCAUCAACGAAAACAAGUACAACAACGAGAAGCUGAUGAAGUCUUCGCCAGUGUACAAGCUCAAGAAGAUCCUGAAGCCGAUCGCCGCUCUGCUCAAGAGCAAGAAGCAGUCCAAGAAGCAGGAGCAGUCCUACUACAUCCCGGAACCGUCCUUCGUCCCGGAUUACGAGUACGACAACAGUGAAAACGAGCGCCUCGAGUCUCAGCUCCUCGCCGAGAUCUCCGAGUGCCACACCAACGCUGCCAUCUACGUCUACGAGGAUCAACAGGUCCAGAUCCUCCCGGUGCAGCCCGAAGAACAGUUUGUUCCGGUUCACUUUGCCCGCACCGAGGCCGGUACCUUCUUCUGGACCACCGUCUCCCGUGAAGCCGACAGCGAUCUCGUCCAGCCGUGCCAGUGCUACUCCGACCACCAGCUCCCCCAGCAGGAGUUCUGCGAUCGUUGGGCUCAGGCUUAAGCCGGCUACACUCGGAUUAACCCACACCCCCGCCACACAACAAAAUCAUGAUCUCUUCCAACAUCGUUAGUGCUUAAGGAAAUCGGAACAAGCUUUAAUAGUUCUCUAAGUUGCCAGCUUUAAUUUUAAUUGUGAUAUUAGAAAUUUAAGGCUAAUGUGAUCCAUCGUCUUCCAUUGUUUAUUUUUUGAAAAUACA